CGAAAAAACUUUUAUUUGAAAAAGAGAUUUAAAAAUAACACAGCAAAAACAUUUAUUUUUCAAAAAUUGGAGAUAUAUGUAUUCCUAAGGAUAUAUACACUAGAAGAAAGGCUUGUAAAUGAAAAGAUCGAAAAAUCUACAUCAAUAAUUUAACGUAGUAUUGACUGAGUAAUUGCAAUUCCAUUUCCGAUUCAAAAUAGGUGAAUUAAAUCCCGCAUAAUUCGUCAUCUUUCAUUGCGAUAAAUUUCAAGUGGACAUUGAUAAUGAACCAUUUCAUUUCUAAAUGACACUGCUUAAAAGAAAUUUAUUGAUUUCUGGAAUAAUAUACUCUGACCACCAAGAACAAUAUAUUUUCAUCCUCGAUUGAACAUCAAUUCAUUUUGUUGCACGCAACAUUACCAAUGCAGUACAAGUAUUAGUAAUAUAAUGGCAACUUUUCAGGAACAUCUCAAACUCAUCAACAAUUUUAGUCUUGAAUCUGGCUACGUUAGUGCAAUCAAACUUAUUUCAGUGGAAUAUUGUUUUUGUAGUUAAAAAUUGUUUUUUAUACGGCCAAAGAAUAUAAAUCUGUGAUUGAUUGAACAUGCAAGGAAAUCAAAGGUCUUUUUUACAAAAAUGGAUGCUGAAGAUACCAUAAAUCCACCGUUACCACCAUUAGUUAAAUCUGCAUCUCGUACUUCUUUAGAUGAAGGGAUAUCUUGGUUUCAUGGGAAGAUAACAAGAGAUGCUGCUGAACAUAUUUUGGAAAUAAGUGGUAACCAUGAAGGUCUCUUCCUUGUCCGAGAAAGUUCUUCGUCUCCUGGUGAUUAUGUUUUGAGUCUCAUUCAUGACAAUACUCCCAUCCAUUAUCAGAUACGUCGUCAUGGAGAAGAUGCAUUUUUCAGUAUUGAUGAUGGACCCAUUAUACAUGGUCUGGAAAUGUUAAUAUCAUAUUAUCAAGAAGAUGCACAAGGUUUAUCUACGAAACUGGGACAGAUGUGCAAAGCACAACCUCCUCCAUCAGAUUCUCGUAGACACGGGCGGACAAAUCUUCUUCAUCGGGCAACGAAAGAAGGUGAACUAACAGUGGUUAGAGAAUUAUUGAAAUCAGGCUAUCAUAAUUUGGAUGCUAAAAAUCAAGAAGGCCAGACUGCUGUUCAUUUGGCGAGUAUUGCAGGAUUUGAUGAUAUCCUUGAUUUAUUGUUGGAAACAGGAGCAAAUCCCAACAUAAUUGAUGGCAGUGGACUCACACCAUUACAUUAUGCUUGUCUAAAUAACAGACCUUCUACUGUUGAUGUGCUCAUAAAUCAUAGAGCAAAUCCUCAGCUUCGUGCAACUGAAACAGGCUGGGUACCAUUGCAUUAUGCUGCUUUUCAUGGGUAUACAGAUGUAGUUAAAAUGUUGUUGUCUUUGAAUUGUCCAUCUCAUCCUCGUUCUAAUUACAAUGAGACACCUUCAGAUUUAGCUAUGAAGAAUAAUCACAAAGAGUGCUUGACCUUAUUAAGUAAUCAUAUCCCUCCUCAGCCAUAUUCUUCGAGGUCUGCUUGGUUUCAUGACAAUUUGGAUCGUGAAAAAGCAGUUCGACUUUUUCACUCUCGAGGGUUCCAAGAUGGCAUGUUUCUGGUCCGCCGUAGUACAAGAAGGAAGGAUAUAUAUGUUUUGUCAGUUGUACACAAUGCACAUACAUAUAAUUAUGAGAUACAGUGUAAAGAUAAAUUUUAUUUCAUAGAUGAUGGUCCGUAUUUGGAAUCUUUAGAACAUAUAAUUGAUUACUACAGCCGAAUGGCUGAUGGGCUUCCUACUAAUUUAUUGUAUGCUGUUCCACCAGAAACAAUGGUGUCUCUAGAUAUUGAUGCUCAACCAACUAAAGUAACUACUGACAUUGUUAAUGAUGAUAAAAUUGAAGCUGAAAAAAAUGGAGAAGCACAUGUCAGUUUGAACUCAAAUGCAGUGGAAAAUAUUUCACGCCCAAAUUUAAUAUGCAGAGAAUCUCUCAAACUAGGCCCUCCUGUUGGUGAAGGGGAAUUUGGUUCUGUUCUUAAAGGAAAAUGGUUAAACUCUUCUAAAAUAGAAAUAGAUGUUGCAAUAAAAACAAUGAGAGAUGAACACAUGCAGAGUUGUAGAGAAGAAUUUGUCCGUGAGGUAGAGGUAAUGGUUGGACUAGAUCAUCCUUGUGUGGUCAAACUUCUUGGUGUAUGCUUAGGACCACCAUUAAUGAUGGUUCAAGAAUUAGUGCCUAUGGGCUCUUUGUUAGAUUAUAUAUUAGAUUUUCCCGAUGAUAUUAGUGUUGACAACAUGAUUCUCUGGUCUGCUCAAAUUGCAUGGGGUAUGACAUACUUAGAAAGCAAACGAUUUGUGCAUAGAGAUUUGGCUGCAAGAAACAUUUUGCUGUCAUCUGCUAUGCAGACAAAAAUCAGCGACUUUGGUUUAUCCAGAGCUUUGGGAGCAGACAGUGAAUAUUACAGAGCAAGUACUGGUGGCAGGUGGCCUGUGAAGUGGUAUGCACCAGAAUCUAUAAACUAUGGUACUUUUUCUCAUGCAAGUGAUGUUUGGAGUUAUGGUGUGACUUUGUGGGAAAUAUUCAGUUUUGGUGAACCUCCUUAUGGUGAUAUGAAUGGAACACAGGUCAUUCAGUUAAUUGAAGCCAAUCAAAGACUUAGCAUCCCUGAAGAUUGCCCUGAAAAAAUAAAAAUAAUUAUUCAAAAGUGCUGGUUAUAUAAUCCUGAAAACAGGCCUACUUUCAAACAGUUAUAUAAUACAUUUUGUUCAGACCCAGACUAUUCUAUAAUAUGGGAUCACAUUAAGCGAUUUGAAUGAAUUUCAAAUUGUGUGAUAUUGUUGAGUUCUCAAUGCAAGUUACUAGAGUAUACUUUCACAUAUAAAUGUUACAAAUAUUGCUGUUUUUUAAAGAAUUUCUACUUUUAUUUGUUGUAAAUUUGAUUUUCCUUAUGUAAAUGUAUACCAUUUUAUGUUAUCAUUAUUAAAAAUUGUCUAUAAUUUUUGUUGUGUUUUUAAUUGAAAAUGCCAAUGAAAGAAAUUGUUUCUUGUUUUGCUCAGAUAUUAGUAUAGUAUAGCUGUUAUUGCCCUGGUGGCGUCUUUAUUUGUAUAAUGAUUAUUAGUAUAUGAUUGUUAUCAAUCUUUCGCUCAUAUAAUUUGAGGACAUUAUUGUCUGUUCGCUGUAGAAAAAAAUAUUUUAUCAUUUACAAUAUUUUUCAGUUCAAAUAACUUUUUUUUUAAUAAAUGGUUUUGGUAUAAAAGAUCAGUGAAAAUGUAAGAUCGCAGAAGAAUCAUUAAGUGUUUUUCUUUCUGCUUUUUAAAUAAUUGUUUGAAUUAAUAUUGAUGAGAAUUCAUUUCAAACGUGGUCUUUUAUAAUUUUAUAAUAAUUCUCAUCCUAAUAAUCAGAUAAUCUUUCUUCCCUAGUGACUAGUAAGAGAAAUUUAUCAUCUAUUGUUAUAAUUUUGAAACACAUAUUUUUGUGACCUUCUAAAGAAGUUAAUAAGAGCUUUUUUAAUGAGUGCGGUAUUUGAAAUUAUGAGAAUAGUGUGUUAGUAAAGGAAUGAUUUUUUAAAAUCUUAAUAAAUCUUAGAAUAAAAUUGACUUAUUUUAACAUCGUUCAUAUUUAGAGAAUAUAUACUUUUUUACUUUUUAUGAAAAUUAAAAAUUAAUCAUAUAAACUUAUACAUUCAAUAUAAACCAGAAAAUUUUCUAGAUAUACUGCAUGGUAGUCAAUACUAAUAAUCAUCAAAUUAUUUGCUUCAUUUAUAUUAUAAAGAAAUGAACCCGUUUCUUUUUCUAUUAAUAAAAAAAGGACCAAAAGUUUAUUCCUUAUAAAUCUGUAAGCAUUUGAUUACUGAAAAAAUUUGAUUCUUUUGUAAGAUAAUCUAUUUUUACCAUUAAUUUCUGGACUUCCUUUGAAUGGAAACCAUGUAUAAUUUUAGCUGAAUUUUAAAAUGUACUUGACCCGAGUUAGUGUGAAAAAAAAUAUGUAUUUUAAUCUAUAACACAUACUUUGGAAUAUAAAUUUAAAAGACACUAGUUAUCCUCAAAUUAUAUGUGUAAAAUUUGCUGGUACGGAAGGAACAACGAAAAUCUUUGUUUGUUCAAUUUCUCAUUGUUUUUAAUCAAGCCUUUUAAUUGUAUAUCCAUAAGAAAAUAGAAGACUUACUGCAAUAAAAACAUAUUCCUUUAUUGAUUUUUAUUUUAGUUCAGUAAAGUCAAGAAUUAAAGUGCUGAACUGUGAAACAGUUUCAAUAUUGCUUAUAUUUUUGUAUUUUGCUCAUGUGAGACCUUUUAGCAGCCAUACAUUUUAUAUUUGUUAUUAGUUCCUACCUAUAUGAGCUUGUGAAAUUGCUGGGAUCAAGCACAAAUGUUAUGGUAUUUAGAUCUCAUGAUUUACUGUAUAUUUUAAUUUUUCAUGUUGAAUGCUAAUAUGUUUCUGUAAAAUGUAUAUCACUUCUCUGAGCUUUACUUUUAAUAAAUAAUUCAAUAAAGGAAAAUUUAUUUUUAA